AUAUUUGCAUUUAAUUUAAAAAACAAAAUGGCGUUGUAUUAAUAGUUAAAUGUGUGGGAGGGAAGCAAAUAUAAAUUAAAUGCAGAGGACGUAAUGCAGUUUUGUUAUGUGAUUGUGAAUUUAUUGGCUGUAUAUCCUGAAUACUGUUAUAGUCAGUGUGGCAAUAUUGUGCGACGUAAUUUUAGUUUGAAUGCCUAAACUAUUAAUUAUUUAUUGCAAUGAGUGAAGAACUCCAGGAAUUUGAACCUACUUGUAAUAAUUUUUAAUUUGUUUGAAUUUGUUGAUCUGUGAUUCGUGCGUGCAAUUUAGGGCCAUGGAUGACGGAAUAGUGAUGGAGAGCCUUCAGUGGGAUAUCAUUGACCUGGCAAACCACUUGCGACAGGAGAGAUUAUUUGUGUCCUCAGAGUUGCAGACUCUUGAAGGUCUUAAUACCAAGGUGGUGUCGGUGUCGUCUCGUCUGGCUCAGCUCGCUUGGGUGACAGCUCAGCAGCGGGAGAACUUGAACCGCCUGGUCGUGGCCCGUCCCGACUGCACGCCGGCCAUCUGCUGCCAGCGGGCCAACACUCUAGAGACGACUGUUUUCGUCGACGGCUGCAAGGUCCUCGGCUUCCAGGAAUGCGUGGCGUACGGGGACUUCCUCGGGACGCUGCGCGCGUCACCCCGGCUGCUGGCGGGCUGCCUGGCGGAGGGGGACCGCCUGGUGCCCGACAUGAUGCACGGCGUCGUCCACUCGCUGUUGGCGGGCCUGCUGGGCAGCUGCCUCCUGCCCGAGGACAAGGUGCUCUGCCUGAGGCUGCUCCGCCGCCUCACCCUGCUGCAGCUGGCGCCUUCCGACAACCCCCGCAGGUUGCUUAGGCAGAAGUCAUGUGCAUUUGCACGCCUGUACAGCGAAUUCCAUGAAGGUCUAUUCUCUGCAAAACUCUUCCUAACAGCUGCACUUCACAAGCCAAUCAUGCAGCUGCUAAUGGAAGAUGAGAUGUUCCUCGAUAUUGACCCAGACAAGGCAACUGUCAGAUUCCCACCGGAAGAGCGCCUGAAGAAGUUUGGCGUGGAAGGCACAGCGGAGUUCAGUGCGCGGGUGCAGGAGUACCGCAGGUGGACCAACUCCCGCCUGGUGGCCGUCACCCAGCGAUUCGUGUCCAGCCUGCGCGAGAACAUGCACUGUUUCCCAAACGAGGUGUCGUGGCUCGUCAGGCAGAUUGCUGACCUGCUGUCCAAGUCCACCAAGGUGGAACCCAAGGAGGUGAAUGCCAUUUGUACUGACCUGGUGUUCUCUUUCUUCAUAUGCCCUGCUCUUGUGAACCCUGAACCGUAUGGAAUCACAGAUGCUCCUAUCAGCUACAUCUCCAGGUUCAACCUGAUCCAGGUUGCAAAAAUCGUCCAGAUGUUGGCGAUGAGCAAGUUUGAAGAAGUUGACAGCAAAGUGGCAGAUUUGUACAACAUGUUUGACAAGGGCUGCGUCACUUCAAUGUUGGAUGCUAUCCUGGAGAAUUGUGGUAGUGCUGAAGCAGAGGACUGUCCUGCAAUAGCAGACAGUUCUAAACUGCAGGGGCUUACGCGAUCAUCAGCUCUCUUCACCGAGGCUGAACUGCACAAUAUGGUCGACUUCCUGAACGUUGUGGCCACCGAGAACAAGCCGGAGGGCGAAAACGAUGACGAGCGAGCGGUGAGGAAGCAGCUUGCGUCACUGAUGGCCCAACUGCCUCUCAGUGCAACGAUGAACGGCCAUGCCGGCCCAGCCAGGGAUAGUCCCAAGCCUGCAGCGCAGCACGGGGCCACACGCAAGGCUGCUAACAUCCUUGGGAAAGUGGGCAAGCAGCGAGCUCAGGGUGCUACUUCGUCCCCUUUGCUGUCAUCUGUUGGCAGUAGUGACGGUAGCCACAGCGCAGAGGAGUGUCCAGGGCAGGAGGAGGAAGGAUCAAGUAAAGUUGCCCAUAACGUACUCAUCUUACCUUUCUCUCCUGCCAAGGGCGAGUACGUCGGCAUGUUGGCUGAGCACAAGGUUCUCUGUAUUGAUAGCCAGAAUACUCGUGUGCAAGUUAAUGUUCCUCCCAAUCAUGAUGUGGAUGGCAUGGGAGAACGGACGGAGAGUCAUGAGAAGCGUACAAGAUUCUCCUUGUCUCAUGAUGAUGGCUCAAUUGGCAACACCAGUGACAACCUGGAAGCAGUUUCUGAAGCAGCUUCCAAUCACAGCGUGGCGUCAUCUCUCGAGAUGGAGACGGAGGACCAGAACGACAACCUCUCUGAUAUGGUGUCUGCCAAUGUUUCUGGGAGAGGAACUCCAAACAUCUCAGGUCGAGACACCCCCUCGUCGCAGAUCACCGAAGGUGAGGAAAGUACAGGUGUAAUGAGAGGUUCAGUUGGAGAACCUCGUCAGUCUCUGGACUUCCCUCACACGACAAACAGCAAACAAAGCCGUUCUGACAUUGACGACAAGUUUGGAAAGUUUGAGAUCAAGAAACUGAUUGAAGGUGACGAAACAGUGUCCAUGGUUAGUGACACAUGGAGCACAGAUGUGCUUGCUAGCGACAGCGAGACUGUGGAGCAGUCGGAACGCAUCUAUCCUCCAAGCAUUACGGAGAGCGCUGUGCAGCAGUUAACAGAGGCCACACAGCUGCUAGAUGUUUCGGAGACAGCCUCCGAGGCGUGGAGCACCGACGUUCUUGCCUCGGAUUCGGAACGCUUGACGGAAGUGGACACUGACGACACCGGUAGCGUGGCUCGUUCCGAUGACACCGCCAGGUCCGAGGUUGAAGCAGAAGUGAGGGGAGAGCCAGAGGGAGGGGAGGUCACCCCUCCGUCAAGUGCACAUGGCAUUGCCAUGAGCUUCCGCCCAAUCAGAGAAGAUCCGGUGAACCGAGCUUCCCUCGUGGUGCCGGCAUCUCCCACGAGAGUCGAUCCAAGUGGACACCCAUCAUGGAAUGUGACCGGGAGGGGCGGGGGUAGGGCGGAAUACAGGCGGCGCACUUCUGAAUAUGUGGAUAACAACGUCAACAACAUUGUUCAUCGCCGAGAGUACACCUUAGGUGUAAGCAACAUGGGGACCGAAGAGACCCGUUUGAUUCACGUCAUAGAGGAGAUCGAUAAACCACCCGAUCUGAAACCAGCUGUCGUUGCUGCUAGCCAAGCCUCCAUCAACAUCGUCAAUGUUCGCAGCUCGCUGACAAUGGGUCAGCUGCCUAUCCUGCAGAAUGGUUCAGUCUGUGAUGUAAGGAAUGGAUCAGAAGUUCUCCAGCUUGUCAAUCACAGGGAGGAAAGUAGCCAGGAAUCCAGCUCCACUGUCGAUACUGACAUGAAGAUAGAGGUGGUGGUGGACGACGACCGGGAAAGGAGGGGCAUGGCCGACGGCAUCCCCGGCACGGUGCGUCUCAGCUCCGUCAGCCUGGCCUCCACCAGCAGCAGCGGCAGCAGCUCGGACCCCCGUCCCAAGACCGUCACCCCGACCCCAGAUAUACCAGCUGCUCCAAACGUGCUAAUACCCAACGGCCACAUCGUCAUCCCGGAGGACGAGCCGGCCCCUGUCAAGUCUCUGCAAGCAUCUGCCACGGGUGCUAUUCCGAAGAGCAUCAGCUUUGACAAAACUGCAGAGAAAGGAGAUAAGGAUUUGUUGGAUGAUGACCAGAAACACAAAAGGAGUUUCUUUCGUAACUUCAAGCUUCCGUUCAAGAGUCGACGUGUCAAAUCUCUUCGAGGGGUGGACGACAUAAAUGCACGCUGUUACGAGUCGGGGCUCAUAGGUGCCGACGGAGACGUGGUUCACGCUCCUCCGCGACUCAGAAGGGGGAUGUCUGAGGAGCUGAGAAUCUCAAACGAUACGACUGAUGACAUCCUGGCAAAGUAUCGCAGGAAGCCAAGCGGGGGUGGGGAUGCAAUGACAGCGGACGCAGUUGUCCCUGAAGUGCCAGCCAGCCAAAUCAAGGUGAAGCCACCCUCUGACGAGAGGCUCAACAUCGACCCAUCGAAUGUUGAAUCAUCGUAUGCAUUCAUCGAUGCAAACCGCAAACUUCGAAUGGUCCUUAGCACGGCUGAUCUUCAGCAUGUGCCGUGGGGCCAGCGUCGAAUGGGAACCAGCACAAGGGACUCCCGGCCUCAGAGCCAGAUGGACACGGAGCUGGUGUCAUUCCUUCAGCUGCAGCUGGCCGAGGCCAUAAACCUGCAGGACCGCUCCCUCAUUGCGCACCUGCACGAGACACUCCGCUGCAUCAGGCUGUUUGACGACGAGGGGUGUAAGAAACUGUUCCAGUCUCUGAAAGGUGACUACCAGAAGCGGUCCCCAUACAUAGCUUACCUUGUGCGCUGCCGGAAGGGACUGCUAUCGACAAUCGCCCACCUUGAGAGGCUGACGGAGAGGGUGAAGUGCGACCGGCAGGUGUGUAGCCGGUUCCUGGUCGCACUCUGCGUGACCAUGUUCCUGGAGAAGAGGGAGCAGCUGCUGCUGGAGUUCACGGCCGAAUUCCGGCAGCUCACUCUCGCAGACGAGAAGAACGACCUGCUGGGCUCCUUCCUGCGCAGCCUUGCCCUCGACAUGGACCGCGACCCCACCUGGCAAGUUGCCAGUGAGAGCCAGCUAGAGCAGGCGCGCACUGCGGUGGAACGGGCAGUGAUGAGUCGGGUGUAUCUGCAUGCCCUCUAUCCCAAUGGGGAUGGGGAUGUCUCCAGGGACCAGGUGCUGCAUGAACAUAUGAAGAAGUUGUCUGCUGUCAUCACGCCCAACCAUAAAGAUCUUCGCAUUCCAAAGAUGUUCCACUACGAGUGCCCGUGGCCCUCUGCCCAGGCAGAGGUGGCAGCUAUCUCUGCGUACAAGACUCCUCGGGACAAGCUGCAGUGUGUGUUUCGCUGCGCCACCACGAUCAUGAACCUGCUGGCCAUGGCUAGCGAGCGCGGCGUCCCAGCAGCUGAUGAUUUUGUGCCCGUGUUGGUCUAUGUGCUCAUCAAGGCAAAUCCGCCCUCCUUGCUAUCGACAGUGCAGUACGUGAACAGCUUCUACGGCAGCCGGCUGGAAGGGGAGCAGCAGUACUGGUGGAUUCAGUUCUGCUCCGCCAUCGAGUUCAUCAAGACCAUGGACUACAACGACUGAAUCCUCUGGUGUAACAAUUCUCUGCUAGAAAACUAGAUGGAAGCACCACAGAUUGAUCUGCGGUUAUACUGUGUGAUGGCGUUUCAUAUGCAAGCCGUCCUCAGCUUUAUUUCUAGUGUACAUAAUAUGUUCUAUGCAACAGUGUGCUGCAAUAAAAUUGAAAGAAGGUGGAAUAGCUUGUAGAUAGAGAAGAAUAUAUUUUGUAAUAUAAAAGUGCGCACAGUAUAAAUACAAUGCCAGUUAAGAUAAAAGUUAUAAUAUUUAUUGUUUUGAGAUUAGUCUUACAUAUAUGUAUAUUAGCGCCGUGUUACAUUCCUAGCAGCGACAAGAAAUAUCUGUGAUCCGAAGACACCUUUUAAUUCUGGUUACUUUUGUGUGAGCAUUUACAUAGCUAGAUGCCACGUAUGAACUUUGUAGACAGAAUCAUUACUACACAUAACUUAAUGUUACAUAUAGAACAGCUUUCUAUAGUGUUUAAUGUAGAAACUGUCAGUAACUUGAUAUUUAGCAUCAGUAAACCUUAGGUGUAUUCUGCUUUUUGGAUUUAAAUAGGCUCAGGGUACGAAUAAUAAAUACAGUAUUUUUAAGGUCUUAAUAUUUUUAUUAUCACUAAAAUGGGUGCUGUGCUCGAAAUGUGAAAGCAAUAUCCUAACGAGGUAGUAGUACUAAUACAAUUUAAGAAUUUUUGUAAUAGUUUGUGUACACUUUUUGCAGUUGUGGCAAUUUAACGUAAGUAAAACCAAGAGCUGUAAAAUAUACGUAAUUUUUCUGGUGUCAUGGCUAUUUACUGCAUUGUCAACAGUAAUAAUUUGAAUAUGUAGUUGAUUUUUUGAUAUUUUAUAAAAAAAAUAUGUUAAGCUAUCUAGUUUUUGUUCAUAUACUUAUAUCUUUUAUUGUGUGGUAAAAGCUUAUCAUGCGAGGAUUGGACAUUUUCUUCGCAGUCUUUAAUGUAUUUACAAAGAAGUAUUUUUUAUGCUAUGUUGAAUCAAGCAAAUAAAAAAUUCAGCAGUAAAUAAUACGUAUUACAGUUGCUUGGUGUAACAUUUUAUCUAUUGUGAUGACAGAGCAAAGUAUUUUUGUAGGGAUAAGAGCAUUGUAAAUGCUGAAAUAUUGUAAAUUUGUAAAUGUUAAUAUGAUAUUAAUGAUCAUGUAUUGCAUGUUAUAUUACAUAACAACUGUAUCAAUAAUUACUGGUAAGAUAGUAUGUACUACUUAAGAGGCAUAUUUUUCUGUAAUUGUCGUCUGAAGUUCCUUACUUGCUGUUAACUUAUAUGUUUUGCGCUGUGUGAAUGUAUUACAGUUGGGUUUGUUCGACUCUUGUGGGGGAUGUGUGUGUAUAUCGGCAUGGGACUGAGUAACGGGGUCUUGCAAACUCAUUACAAAGCAAUCGGAAAUAAAUACACAUAGUACAUUUUUGCUCAA